AUGGAAGAUCUACUCCAAAACUGGGCGGACUAUAUCCCGUCCCACCGGGUGCUCGUCAUAUCUGCUGCCAUUCUCGUCGCCUUGGUCCUAGCUUACCGGUCAUUCUUCACCAUCCAGUACCCAAAGAACCUGCUGCGCCUUGGCAAGAAGGAAGGUAUAUCAUGGUCUGCUAUGAGAAAGAAGUUCCACGAGGACAGCUUGACUGUCUUCAACGACAUUUACGAGAACUACUCCAAGAAGGGCAAGGCCGUGCUUAUCCCCGUCUUUGGUCCCAACGAUGAGGUUAUUCUGCCCCCGAGCGCGCUGUCUUGGCUCAUGAGGCAACCCGACAGCGUCGUCAGCUCUCUUGAUGCGCAGAUUGACGGUAUUCAGCUUCAGCACACACUGGGUCACAAGUUCGCCUACGAUCCAUGGGGUGGUUGGAUCAUCAAGAAUGACUUGACCAGCGUCCUGGAAAAUCUUGCCGCCAUCAUGAGCGACGAGCUCGAUGCUUCUUUCGAGGCCAACUUUGGAAGCGACGUCGAGAACUGGAAAGAAAUCGACCUCUUCCCGACUUGUCGUGCGCUGGGAGGACAGCUGACCUUGCGUUUUACUCUUGGAGACUCCCCCGAGGGACGCCGCCUAUGCCGUGACCCGACGUUUGUGGAGACAUGCUACGGUGUCGUGGACGGUAUGCUGGAUGCUGCUGGAUGGUUAGCCUCUGUUCGCAAGCCCCUCAAGCCUUUCCUCGGUCCCUGGGCUGCUCGUUCCAUGCCGCCCAAGAUCAAGGCCCUUGAACAGCGCUUUGAACCUCUAUUCCAAGAACGACUCCGAAUUAUUGAAGAGCACGCCAAGAACCCAGCCAUGGAGAAGCCAAAGGAUCUUCUUCAAAUGUUGUUCGACCACGCCGCCAAGGACCGCCCUGAAGAACUCCGCAGCCUUCCGGAUAUGACGAAGCGACUCGCCGUUAUGAACUUUGGUACUAUGCACCAGACCAUUCUGACUCUGCACAAUUUGAUCCUGGAUGUACUCGACUCGAACAGGGAAUACAAGACCGUGGAUGUCAUCCGCGACGAGGUGAACCGUGUAAUGGGUGAGGGCGGCGACUUUAGCGCCAAGAACUGGACAAAGGCGAACAUGGCAACCAUGACCCGAAUCGACAGCAUCUCGCGCGAGACGUUGCGUCUGCACACGUUCCUCGGCCGUGCCGUUCAGCGCUUGAUCAUUGCCAAGGAUGGACUGGUGACAGAGGAUGGUAUUCAUCUUCCUCAGGGCGCCAUGGUCUCUAUCCUGGCCUACCAGUGCCAGACCGAUGCCGACACUUUCAAGGAGCCCUUCAAGUACGACCCGUUCCGAUUCUCCCGCCCGCGUGAAGCUGCUGCAGAUUCGUCGACCGGAAAGCCCGGCCUAAACAACCUCAGUUUCGUUUCGUCAUCAGUGGAGUUCCUGCCCUGGAACCAUGGCAAGCAUGCAUGUCCCGGUCGUUUCCUAGUCGAUUUCGAGUUCAAGAUGAUUCUCGGCUACGCCCUGACACACUACGACUUGGAACUGCCCGAGAGCUACGACGGCAAGAGACCGCCCAACACUUGGUUUGUCGGGUUUGGCAUUCCCCCGCUGGACGCCAAGAUCAGAGUCAAAAGACGGAAGUCGGCUUAA